UGCGCGAGUGUCAGCUCCUAAAUAAGACGCUGACGUCAUUGCUGAUUGAGUGCCAGCGGCGUAGCGAUGACCAUCACACGUUCGUCAUGGAGCUGCACGACGCCAACAGCAACCUGCUCGUCCGACGUGUCACUUCCCCGACGCCGCGUUUCCAGCUGAGCGAGCUUCGACCGACGACGUACUACACCAUCCUGGUGUACACCACCAAUGGUGUAGAAACCAGCCGUACUCUGAACAUCUCCAUCUCUUCUACGGAAGCCGCUAUGGCCAAGACUUAUGAGAAAGAGGGCGCGCUAUCCAGUCUUAACCUGGGAGCCAUAGUAGGACCCGUGGCCGGGAGCAUCGCCAUCCUCGCAGCUGCCGUCUGCAUUGCAUGUUUCUGCAAGAAGCACCACAGACGAAAGGAGAAGCCUGUGGUUGAAGAGGCACCCGCUACCAGCCAAGGGGUGAAAGCCGAGAUGUUCUCCAUACCACUGGGCACCCAGACUAAAGUCGACUGCAAAAGAGAUGACAUCGGCUCCGCAGUCGAGGUUGUGGCACACUACAACCAGGACAUCUCCGAGAAGCUUCCCCUGCAGUGCUAUGGAAGUGUGCUAUGAGCUUCCACGCCACUCAGCCUUCCGUCUUGACCACCCACUGGGUCAUUGUGUGAAUAGAAAACGUUGGUGCGCGGGACUGGGACUCCUUCCGAGGACAUGAUAUACGGACUGUUACUUCAGUGAUAUCACUGUCGAGGCUAUGGCCCGUAUUCACAAAGGCUCCUCAAUUCGAAACUUGACGUCGAAGGAUCCCUGGGGACUGUGUUGGGCUGAGAUUUCUGCAACGCGAAAACACUCAAGGAUCUCUUGAGGUCGAGUUUUGAGUCGGAGAGCGUUUGUGAAUACGGCCUAUGUUUCGCUAUUUUGUUUGGACCAAGCGCACGAGGUUGGCGCUACAAUGAAAUACCCAGCGCCAUUGCCUGAAAAAUAUGUCCAGUUUGGUGCUUCCCUGAAGAAAAAAAAACAGUACGGAAGCUGCAACCUUGUUUACUAAAAGCAGUGCUUCUGUGGACCAAGUACGUGAAAGUGCGGCAACAAGUGUGUACAGUGAAGAUUGUUACUCCAGCGUAGAAUGUCACUUCAAUCACGUAACACUUGUUCGUUCAUAACACUAA